GCAUCAUCUGUCUACGCACCAUCGAAUUCCUCUUGCUGACCACCCCUCAACAUGAGCAGCGAAACGAACAAACGUCUCCAAGCCAAGCUUGAAGGCUUUUCUGAAAUUACAGCCCUCACUCAGCGGGCCAUUAACGCUGCCAUGGUCAAAUUAGUGACGGAUAAACCGGAAGUUGCCCGUGUUAAUUGUAAAACAAAACGGGGGGAUUCAAUCAAGGCCACGAUCAAUCGACCCCAGGCGGCAUUGAAAGUCACUGGGAGCAGUCGCGCCGAUAUCGAGUAUUUUGCUCAUUUUGGAUCGGGAACCCUACAUUUCAACUAUGAUCCACCGUUGGAUUUUGAUAUGAAAGACUGGGUGGUCGCGUUCAAUGUGAAAAUCGACUCGAUUGAGGUCAAAUCGGGCUCUGAUGAGGACAGGCAGGUGAGAGGCGCAAUUCAACAGCCAGGAGACUUUUCAAUCAAGUCCUUGUUCCUCACAUUUAACUCGGGAGACAUCAUCAAUCCAAACAUGGACCACUGCAACUUCAAGGGAGCCGAUCUCGACAAGGAUGACAUCCUCACGCUUGGUGGUCUUCUGGCCAAAUGGUACAUCGAGGAAGGGCCCAUGGUUGAUCGACGAAACCGCACAAUCGGAUACGGAGUCCAUACUCCAGAUCCAUCGUCCAUGAACGAGCAGGCGCCCACAUUUCCUCCCACUUCGUUGAAAUUCCAAACGUACGAAUACAUCGCCCCGGGCAAAACAGCGCCAGAGGAAGGAAUUCCACAAGGAGACAAUAACAUGCUGUUGUAUCUGCAAAUGACAGAGAACAAGCCAUUUCCCUCGGCUGCUAUCCUCAACUACUCUGGAAACUAUGCAGCCAGUGGAAUGGACGGAACAAUGGCGAUUGAACGCGAGAUCUUCUUGGAUAAGUAUCUCCUACGGACCAAAACCCCUGAGCUCCUUCACGUCUUCAAUCACGCCACAUACGUAUGGAUUAAAAGCGCGAGCGUGGACAAGCCCACGGAGGUAAACUGGGAGAUUGGCGUUGGAGAUUCGAUCCAUUCCUACAAGCCGGAAUUCUUUCGCUGGGAGCCAACAGGCACCAUGUCAUGGGCUUGGGGACUUCCGCAAAAGACGAUCGAGCAGUAUUACAAGAACGAAUAUCAGCCAGGCUACAGGUAUGGAAGGCUGACUGUUGACUGCACCACCAGUAAUCAUAUGUCAACGCGGCCCGGAUCGAAUGUGAUUGAUGUAAGCGGAAAAUCAGACAUAAAGGUUGAAGGUUCCGCGGGUAGCUCAUCUCCAUGGACGCCCUGGGCAGCCAAGUAUGGUGUGCAUGUAUGGCUGGAAUGGAAAACAACAAUCACUAUCAAGGCAGUCGACACUGGUGGUCUUCGAAUUGAUCUUGAUCUGGAUGAAAGCAAUUUCAAGACCAACAGUGACCCUAUCUAUUUCAAGGGAGAUGAAGCUUAUGGUAUCACGAGGGAAUCCGUAGAGAAACGACAGUCCAAAGUCGUGGAUGAUCUCAAAGCAACGUUGAAAAGCUCGCCCUUUAAAGAGAUAAAAGAGAAGCUACAAGACAACCUCAACAGCACCGCACGAUUUGUGGUCCCGGGUCUGGGCACCUUUCGAUACAAGGAUCCCGUCUUUAAUGAUAAGGGUGACCUUUUCAUCCAAGUCGCCUAUCAAUGACAUGCGGUCUCUCCUAUGGGUAUGGAUCGAUAAGAGUGGCACCAGGACACUUGAGAUUGCUAGAAGGAAGGGUGGGUGAUUGCAUGGUUUGUUUACUGUUUACUACAUUGGCACCGAUGGCGAAUGAUAUCUUGGACUGUGAUUAUCACACGUUACAUGAAUAUAUAUUGGAAGAUGGCCUAUCUGAAGCAAAAGAGUAUUCUAAAUACACGAAACACCGCUCUCUUGUCUUCCCA